ACCAAACGUAGCCGGCAGGCUGCUGUUUUAUGUUAUUUUUGUGCGUGCUAACCAUCAAACUGGACUGUUUCCUCUUCACAUAUAGGUCCCACCCACAGGAUGAUUGACAUAGAGACAGGAACUGAUGAUGCUGGUGCCACAGAGCCAAGCAGUAAGAACAAGGAGACAGAAAAGAAGAAGCGGUCUCGAGUCAAACAGCUGCUGGGUGAUGUGAAGAAGCAGGUGGAGUUCUGGUUCGGAGACGUCAACCUUCACAAGGACCGCUUUCUGAGAAAAAUCAUAGAGGAGUCGGACGAUGGAUAUGUUGAUAUAUCUGUGUUGGCGAGCUUCAAUCGAAUGAAAAAGCUGACAACUGAUACCAAGCUGAUUGCGAGGGCGCUGAAAAAUUCAUCUGUAGUUGAGGUUAACUUGGAAGGCAAUAAAGUACGGCGUCAGUUUCCAAUUGGAAAUAUACCAAAUGAUACAGACAGCCGCACAGUCUAUGUGGAACUUUUGCCUAAGGAUGUGACCCACAGCUGGAUAGACAGAGUGUUCACAAAAUGUGGGAAUGUGGUGUAUGUUAGCAUCCCCAGAUACAAGUCUUCUGGUGAUUCCAAGGGUUUUGCGUUUGUUGAGUUUGAGAAAGAGGAACAAGCACAGAAAGCCAUAGAGAUGUUGAACAACCCCCCUGAAGAUGCUCCCAGGAAACCAGGGAUUUUCCCCAAGACGAAAAGUAGAAAGCCGAUUCCACUGACAUCUGACAAUCCUCCAUCAGGUGAAGAAGAGGAAAAGAAAAAGAGAAAGAAGAAGAAAAAGAAAGAUGGCGCCACACUACCAACGCCUGCAGAAGAAACCAAAGAGCAGGCGAUGGAAGCAGAACCAUCAGAGGAAAAGAGGAAGCACUCAGCAGCAGGUGAUUUUGAACCAGAUGUCGCCAGCGCUCAGAAGACACCUGGGAAAUUGUCAGAGAAAAAAAGACGACGGUCACAGACGGUAGAGGGAUCAGACAGUGAUGUACCAGCUAAGAUAAGAAAAACCAGCGAUGGUGAACUUGGAGAAAAGGAGAAAGCAAAGACUGAUCCACCUACUCAGAGUGACACAGACAGAGGUGUUGAGGAAGGGAAAGAAAACAGAGAUGAUUCGACAGUUAAAGCAAAGAGGAAGAGAAAAAAGAAACACAAGGAGAAGCUGAAAAUUGGAGAGGAGGUCAUCCCACUACGAGUUCUAUCAAAGAGAGAGUGGCUUGAACUGAAGGAGGAGUAUUUGACCCUGCAGAAGCGCAGCAUGGCAUCCCUGAAGAAGUGCAUUAGUAAGAUUGAUCACAAGGAGCACACGAGUCUAAUGGAGACAGAGGAUGAUCCUCAAGAUGGAAACAAGAAGAGUAACAAGAGUGAAAAAGCAACUAACCAGGGCCCUCAGUUUACCAGUGGUGUCAUCCUGAAGAUCACAGACAACAAGCCGCUACCAGGGAGAAAGUUCAUCAAAGAUGCCUUGUGCAAAAUAUCACCAGUGGCGUACAUUGACAUCUUGGAUGGAGAUGCUGAGGGUCACAUCCGUUUUCACAACCCAGAGGAAGCUAAAGCCGUUAAUGACGCCAGAGCAGAGAUACAGAAAGAGCACAGCUGGAAGCUUGAAAUUCUGUCAGGUGACCAUGAGCAAAGGUACUGGCAGAAGAUCCUAGUCGACCGCCAGGUCAAGUUGAAUCGUCCCAGAGAAAAGAAGCGCGGCACCGAGAAGCUCAUAUCCAAAGCAGAAAAAAUCAUCAUUGCGCGAGCCAAGGAGGCUAAUAAGCACAUCCGUUUUCAAGAAGACUGACACCUGCUGAAACUAUAUAUAUAUAUAUAUAUUUUUUUUUUUUACAACAUUACAUGCUUAAAUCUGUAGAUUUCACAGGAUGUGAUUUGAAGGGGAUAGUUGUUUUUAAUGUGUAUUUAGCUGGAAGAGAACUGAAAGAAGUAAAUUAGUUGAAAUAUCCCCUUGUUUUUUGUUUGCACUGGAGCCCGCAAGAUAUCGUGGAACGCUGCUAUGCAUAUUAACUUUUUUUUUAAUUGAUACCCUUUUUUUUUUUUUUUUAAGAG